AACCAGUAAACCUCAACAGCAUCCGGCAUCGCAAUACUUCCGACUUGAGAAUGCCGAGAAGGUGAUGGAAUCAUUCAGACCGCCGCUUGGAAUCUGUUGCCCUCCCACCACCUCGCCAUCACCAUGUCAGGCGUCGGACGGGGCGCCGGUCCUCCCCCCUCCACGCUGGCCGCGCAGCUAGUCGAGAACAUCUCCGUCUCCAACAAAUCGUCCCGAUCCGAUGAUAAUAGCGAAUUGAAAGCCCUCCUGGGCAUGAUCCAGCGGGUCAAGGAUGAUCCCAACUUGCUCAAGUCACCGUCAGAGCACCUGGAGCACAACCAUAUGCUCAUCUACGUCUACUGCCGAUCUGCUCUCGACACCAUCAACUUGGACGACCCCUUCGUCGACAGGGCUCACGUGCGUGCCGAAUCGUUAAAAACAAUCAAUUUCAUUCGAUUAAAUAUCAAUGAGACCCCAAUGGUGCUGAAGUGCAAGUCUCCGGGGCACGAGUUUCAGUUCCAGGGCAGCGAGCCGCUCUGGCUUUGGAUCUUGCCCAAACUGCUGCGCAUGCUGGGAAAUCCAAAGUGCGAAGAUCUAGAGGGCACCAUUGAAGGAUUCUUGCAGUAUUUGCUACUUGUUGUAGCCAGGAACGGCAAGCUUUCUGGUAUUGCUGAUCCGCUGACCUUCUACUUGCGGUCUUGUUUGACAGGUCUUAUACAUCAUCUCCAGUCCCCUACAAUAACACCCUCCCAUAACGAUGUCAAAUCCGAUCUCGAACUUCCCACGAAUUCUAUAAUUGAGAUCCUUGGUCCUUCUGCAAGCCACAUCGCCUCCGAUAAUAUCGUCUAUAAAGUUCGAUCUGCUACGCAUGCACUGCGCCAGGCUGCGAGUCUAGCUAGGGUUCUCUCAUAUCCGCUCACAUGCCAAGAGACAGCAUUCUUUUGUAUAUCGCCGAUGCUAGAAAAUGGCCUAGCGCUACUGGAUAUCUGGCUAGACUUGCGCCAGGCACAGAAACGAUGGGAGCCCUUGAAGCCUUGUUCUCCUAUAUCCCUGAUUGAGCUUGCGCUGGACGUUAUUAAAGCAGCCGAUGAGAGAGAUGACACGGCUCAUGCCAUUGAAGGCAAGAUCUGGACGACCCUUAUUCUACUUUGCAGCGAGCUAGUUGCAUCAACCGACGACUUAACGCAAGUAGGAGCGGACGGUGACAAUGCCAGGCUUUCAUUUUCGAUUGCCCUGGUCUAUAUUUCCAAGGCUUCCAUGGCAUCUCAUUCUACUUGUCGUUUAGCGGCAUCCAAGAUUGCCAGAGAGCUGGCAGUAUUGGCCGUCCAUUCCACUGUCCUGGUCGAAGGAACCGAUCUCUGGCGAUGUGCACUACUCUUAAACAAAGUCACCGAUACUUCGAUUUCCCCGCCAGCAGACGCUGAGUUUCACUCAUCUCUGUUCCAAAAUGACACCAUUCGAGCCGCUGUCGAGCAGCUUGAUCUAAAAAUCUCACAGCCCAACAACUCAGGAAGUGUGUCGAAACGUAGGAGAGUAGACGAUGCGGCUGACCCCAUUAUGGAAUUGCUCCAAGCGCUCUACGAGGUGUUAGAGAUUAAGAAGCCGACCAGCACAGCCUCACUAGACGAGGGUAGUAUCUUAACUAGCUUGCAGAAUGGUUCUGAUUCGGAUAGAUGCUUGGCUAUCGAUUUACUUUCUCGACUGGUUUGUCAAGCAAGCUCUGAUUCGGAUGCUGUCAUCAGUUAUUGUCCGUGCAGUGAAGAGUACGGCAGUAUCAGAGAAGGGCCACCAUCGCUUGCAUCGAUAAAAUCGUCAACUCAGUCCAUAUUUACACAGCUCGUCCGUCAAGUUUACUUUGUCGAAUCCAGACGAUGUCGUGUCGCCGCCAUGAUUGCUUUGAGGCGUCUUGUUGCGCAUUCCAACGACCCUCAAUUCAUCAACCUUGAAACAUCAGGUCCCGGGCAGUGGUGUCUGCAGUCACUCAACAGCUCAAUCAGGGAGCUCCGCAUUGCGUCAGCCCGAACACUGGCAAUGUUUAUACCGCCAAAGGUGUCUGGUUUAAUCGAUGACUAUCUCCUAUCACGCAACCGCCAGAACUCUAUUGCGCUGCUCAAAUCCAUAUCAAAUUCCGAUGAACCACACCUGGUUGAGACUCGUAUCAUGGCUUGGACACAAAUCGGACGGGUCGUACCAGACGAGGAGCUCAACCUUGUUCUUAUCAAGUCAUUGGAGUACCUUGGAAGCAGCAAUCACAUACAAGCUGCUGUAGCAUUCAAUGAGAUUCUACACUUGGCUGAGUUUCGACAAACGACCCCGCGUCGCCUGUUUGAACCAUUUUGGAAGAGCCUGGCGUAUUUAGUCACGAAGGAUAUGGUGCAACGCCCACAGCGAAGUCGUGCCAUGGCUGAGCUGCUACAGAUCAGCAUCAAUGAACUUCUUCUCCUUAUUCAAUCGCAUGCCAUGCCGUGGCUUGUACUAGACAAACGGAAGGACAUUGUUCAACGAAUAUCCGAUGCUCGCAAGGAUAGCGACGUAUGGGUGCCUAUCGUUGAUACUCUAAACCUUCCAUCUAUUCUUGCUCUUCUUAUGAUUCAAGAGUCUGAUAAUAUGGAGGAGUUUGCAAUUUCUCGUCUAACUGCCAUCUCAUCUCACUUUUCAUCGUCAUCGUUAGUAGAGCUCAUCCAGGCUGAACAGUCUUUUGUGGCUACGGAGCUGCUAAAAUCGGCUGCUGAUGCCGAAGGCCCACGUAGGGAACGGGCUAUAGAGGCUUUGCAGUGGAUGGCAGGCUUGAUUCUCAAAGCCAACAAAGAAAGUAGGACUAAGAAACCUGAUGUCAUUGGUCGCUUCUUACAACCUCAUCUUCUUGGUAUUAUGGCGAGACUCGCCGAUGUCAUAACAGACACUACACUCAGCUCAAGUGUUAUGCAGCAGCGACAUUGUAUUGGAACUCUGCAAGUAAUGAUUGAACUCUGCAAAUCGCACGCCCAGUCUGCAAGAUCGCAUAUAUCCGCCUGUCUACUGUCUGCAUUCUCUGAUGACUCGCUUCGGGAAGCUGCUUUGUCAUGUUGGGCCUCCAUGCUCAUGAAUUUUGAUGAUGAGGAUGUGGAAACCCUUCUCGAGCCGACGUUUUUCAUUAUCAAUCACUACUGGAAACUGCUCAACGCUGCGUCGAAAGAGAUUUGCACCAGAAUGCUGUCAUCUUUGUUAAAAGAUUUCGGUCCUUUGCUCGAGCAAAACAUCCACAAGCUUCCAUCCCUUGCUCAUAUCAUCGAACUAAAGUCAAUAAAUAGCAAGCUAGGUUCCAUGCGAGAGCCAUUGACCUUCGACGAAUCGCUUGCUGUUUUUGCGCAGAGAAUCCGUCAUGAUAAUUCUGGCGUCAUUGACCAAGCGCUUACAGAACUCGUUGCUUAUCUCCAUGAACAUCAGUCUUCCCUCUACGCAACCAUUGUUGGUCAGGCAUCCAAUGACUCCAUUACCAAUCUUAUGAGGAGCUUACUUGACUGCGCCAGCAAACACAACACAGGUUCAAGUGAUAUCAGCCGACUCUGCGUGCAAUCCAUGGGCUUGAUGGGAUGUAUUGACUCGAAUCAAAUGGAAACUGUCCGUGAGCGUCCUUCAAUCAUCAUUCUGGACAACUUCAAAAAGUCGCGCGAAAUGACUGACUUUGCUCUGUUCCUGAUUGAUCAAGUUCUUGUUCCAUCAUUUUUGUCUGCAACAGACACGAAACUGCAAGGUUUUCUUUGCUUUGUCAUGCAAGAACUGCUCGAGAGGUGCGAAAUCAAGUCGGCGGUAGCCAUGCAAAAUGUCGGGGGCAUGGACGGUAACGACAUCUACCGACAGUGGAUUGCUCUUCCUGAGAGAACUCGAGAAGUCGUCAUGCCAUUCUUGCAGUCUCGUUACAUAGUAGCGCCAAUGCCACCAGUAACGGUUGAAUAUCCUAUUUUCCAUGGCUCUAAAACCUAUGGUAGCUGGAUCAGAGCAUUUGUCGUCGAUUUGUUGCGUAAGGGACAACAUCCACAGGCGCAGCUUCUCUUCGAACCCCUUUCGCGGGUUAUUCGAGUCAAGGAUGUUUCCGUUGCAGAGUUUCUGCUCCCAUACCUUGUGCUACAUGUUCUCCUCGGUCCGCUCAGUACAGAAGAAGAGAAGCAGCAGGUCCUGAUGGAGCUGGUCAACAUAUUAGAAUAUAUACCACCAGUAACCGCAACAUACUUCGAAAAAGAAGAUAUCCAGAAAUACUGUCAUGCUGUUUUCCGUAUCCUCGAUUACGCAAACAGAUGGAUCCAUGCCCGACGCUCAGCUGGUCCGCUAAGCAGCGAAAACAAAGACAAUCUUCGGAGAAUUCAAGCUAUCCUGAAUAGUAUCCCGGCAAGCUUGAUCGCCCAAAGAGCAGCUGAUUGCAAUGAAUAUGCAAGAGCGCUAUUCCACUUGGAACAGCAUGCGCAAAAGCUGGAACAAACAAAGCAGAAUUCGGACGAGAAGACGAUUCUCUUCGAAAGACUUCAAGACAUAUAUGCUAACAUUGACGACCCCGAUGGUCUAGAAGGUAUUUCAACGCACCUCCAGAAUCUGGACAUGUAUGAACAGAUUUUGAGUCAUAAGAAGGCUGGAAGAUGGAUGGCAGCGCAAACAUGGUAUGAAAUGCGACUUGCUGAAAGUCCAAACGACGUCAACAUUCAAGUGGAACUCCUCAACUGCUUGAAACAAGCGGGACAAUACGAUGUACUUCUCAACGUCGUGGAAGGUGUUCGAGGCAACUCCGCAAACGAUGGUAGAAUCAUGCCUUUUGCAGUUGAAGCGGCAUGGGUUACAGGACGAUGGGAGAGCCUCGCGAAAUUCACAAAUCAAUACGAUGGAGUCAAGACUCAGGACUUCAACAUUUCGCUUGCGCAAAUAUUCAGAACGCUUCACAUGCAAAGCGGGGAGAGCCAGCUCAAGACACAAAUUCAGGAGUUACGAGAUGAAAUUGCGACCUCCAUGACGACUUCGGCAACAGCAUCGUUGCAGGCCGCUCACGAAAUCCUUCUCAAGUCACACGUUUUGACUGACUUAGAGAUGAUUCUCAAGGUCAACGAGAACAUGAGCGAGAAUGACAGAAAGGCCACGCUAACUUCAUUGGAUAAUCGACUGGAGAUAAUCGGUGCAUAUUCUGCAGAUAAGCAGUACUUGCUAGGCAUUCGACGGGCAGCCAUGGAACUUCGACGCCAGCAAUUCUCUACCAUUGAGAUUUCGGCGCUUUGGCUUUCCAGUGCUAGACUUGCUCGAAAGACUGAUGCUCUCCAUAGAUCCUUCAAUGCCGUCCUUCACGCUCAAGAACUGGGCGAUGAUUCUGCCACUAUUGAGAAUGCGAAGCUGCUUUGGAAGGACUCUCACCAUCGCAAAGCUAUCCAAAUGUUGCAAGGCGCAAUUGAACGCAACAAGUUUAUGACACAAACAGAGAGUUCUCGAAGUUCCAAUGCAAACACAUUGGAUAAACAUCAAAGGCUUUUGACAGCCCGAGCCCAACUGCUUCUCGCAAAGUGGCUUGAUACUGCUGGUCAAACUCACGCACUGGCUCUGCGAGAGAAGUAUCAACAGCCGCCCAGGACAUUUCCAACCUGGGAAAAGGGUCACUACUAUCUUGGACGCCACUACAAGAAAAUCUUGGAAGCUGAGCAAGCUCUUCCAAUGGAAGAACGAGGCGAUAGCUACCUAAGCGGAGAGAUUACGAGAAUCGUCAUUGAAAACUACCUUCGAUCUCUACACUCUGGCACCAAGUAUCUCUACCAAACCCUACCAAGAGUUUUGACACUCUGGCUAGAUCUUGGUGCGCAAAUGGACAAACCCACAGACGCUAAAGUCAGCUUAGCACCAGCUCUUUUGCGGCGCAAGAAGGAACAGAUGAUGUUGUUGAACAAGUUUUUGGAUCGGUACAUUGAUCGUCUGCCCGCGUACAUCUUCUACACUGCUCUGCCACAGAUUGUUGCUCGUAUCGCUCAUCCGAACGGCUCUGUCUUUGAGAGGCUAGCAAAGAUUAUCAUCAAAGUCAUUGAGUCGUACCCGCGUCAGGCGUUAUGGAGCCUUAUCGGAGUCAUGACAACAAAGCAAGUGUCAGAGAGAAAGAACCGUGGUAACCAAAUUUUGCAAACACUGCGGAAUAGUCCUCGGAAGACUGAAGGUCGAUCCAUAGACAUGAGGGUGCUCCUAAAGGCUGCCGAUAGGCUAGCCGAUCAGCUUCUGCUUGCUUGUCAAAAUGGCGAUUUCCAUGCAAACAAGACAGUGCACGCCAGUCUGACCAGAGACCUGCAUUUUAACCAUAAAUGCACUCCUUGUGCCCUAGCGGUACCUGUUGAGUCAUCACUCACAGCUAUUAUGCCAGCUGCAUCGGAAAACAUGAAGGGCCAUUCUCCAUUUUCGAGAGAUGUGGUUUCCAUUGACUGCUUCUUGGAUGAUGUCCUGGUCCUGAGCUCGCUCGCCAAACCUCGCCGACUGACGGCUCGUGGUAGCGAUGGCAAGAACUAUAUGCUCCUCAUCAAACCCAAGGACGACUUGAGAACGGAUCAACGACUAAUGGAGUUCAACGGCCUGAUUAAUCGUUCCUUAAAACGAGAUGCCGAGUCAAGUCGUCGACAAUUGUACAUCAGGACCUACGCUGUGGUACCGCUGAACGAGGAAUGCGGUAUUAUAGAAUGGGUUCCUGGCAUUCGCACAAUGAGAGAUAUCCUCCUACAUCUCUACCAGGCACAGAAGAUUUCACCAGACUACAACCAACUUCGACAACAGAUGGAGCAAGCUGCAUCUUCUGAAAGCAAGAUUGGUGUCUUUACCAAUGAUGUGUUGGGGCAAUUUCCACCGGUUCUCCCACUUUGGUUCAUUCGACAGUUCCCCAACCCGUCCGCAUGGUUUGCAGCUCGUCAAAAGUACACCCGAUCCUGCGCCGUCAUGUCCAUGGUUGGCACUAUCCUGGGAUUGGGCGAUCGUCACGGAGAAAACGUAAACUUGGAGGAAGGCAGUGGCGGUGUGUUCCAUGUCGAUUUCAACUGUCUUUUUGACAAGGGUCUUACAUUUGCAAAGCCUGAACGGGUGCCAUUCCGCCUAACGCACAACAUGGUGGCAGCCAUGGGCAUAUACGGCUACGAAGGCCCGUUCCGCAAGUCUUCAGAACUAACACUGCGAAUUCUGCGCCAGCAGGAAGAGACUCUGAUCACUAUUCUGGAGGCUUUUAUCUACGAUCCCACACUGGACUUGCAACGAGAGAAGAGAUCCUCAAAGAAGACGGAAGUAAGGCUGCAGCCCCAGAGUGUGGUCGACAGCAUUAAAAGAAAGGUAAAAGGAUUGCUACCGAACGAGACGAUCCCAUUGAGUGUGGAGGGACAGGUCGAAGAAUUGAUUAAACAAGCUGUUGAUCCACGGAAUCUCACAGCAAUGUAUAUUGGAUGGUGUCCCUUUUUUUAGGACAUCUGUAUUUGAAAAGCAUAAUAUAUUUGGCGCAUUUGGGGGUGAAAACAACAUAGGCGUUUUGUAUUUUGGUUAUUGGAUUAGAUUUAAAUUUUUUGGAAUUAAAUUAAGAAAUGUUUCUUUU